CUACGGCAGAUGUAUUUGACUAUCAAAUAGCACAGAGAAGCUGCUCUCUGAAAAUUUAAACAUCCAGACUCCGAACAGCCAGAGAAGACACCCAGAAAAACAGGAAUUAGACAAAUGAAAAGCCUGAUGAGAUCCAUUCGAACAUGAACUGGGGAUUUCUGGAGAACGUGUUAAGCGGAGUAAACAAGUAUUCAACAGUCGUGGGCCGGGUUUGGCUCUCCAUCCUCUUUGUUUUCCGGAUCCUUGUGUUCGUUGCCGCUGCCGAGCAGGUGUGGAAGGAUGAGUUCAAAGACUUUGUGUGCAACACGCAGCAGCCGGGCUGCGAGCAUGUCUGCUUUGACCACUUCUUCCCAAUCUCUCAAGUGCGAUUAUGGGCCAUGCAGCUCAUCAUGGUGUCCACGCCUUCACUGCUCGUAGCCCUGCACGUGGCCUACAGAGAGCACAGGGAGAGCAAACACAAAAGGAAGCUGUACCAGGACAAAGGCAGCAUAGACGGAGGACUGCUGUUCACCUACAUCAUGAGUCUGAUCCUCAAAACAGCCUUCGAGGUAGCCACUCUCCUCGCUUUCUAUUACCUGUACAGUGGUUUCAACGUCCCUCGGUUACUGCAGUGUGAUGAAAGCCCUUGUCCCAACACUGUGGACUGUUACAUCUCCAAAGCCACGGAGAAAAAGAUCUUUCUUUAUAUCAUGGGAUGUACGUCUAUGCUGUGCAUUGCACUGAACAUGGUAGAGAUGGUGUAUAUUGUAUCUAAACAGUGCUGGAAAUGCUUCAGUAAGAGGUAUGUUCCUGUGAAUGAAAGACGCGUCUGCCACGGUCGACCUCCCUCUACGUUCACUCUCAGUUCACCCACGCCACCGUCAUUAGCCUCAUCUAAGGAGUGUGGGCUUCAUUGUGCUCCAGCUGGAAAGGAUAGCCCCAUACUUACCGCUGCAUGAAAUACAGACAGAUUGAUUUUUUUCCAACCCACUGAGAAAAAUAAACCAACGAAGGCUGUCAUUAAGAUUUUUCAGAAGUUUAACCCCUCACCCAAACCUAACCAUGAUUUUAAUAGGAAAAUCUCUGUUUUGUUACAAAAAAGUGAAACUAUCAGGUUUGGGAAUGAGAUGAGGAAAGCAUGUUACAGGGUAUUGGAACACAUUAAUUAAGUGAUUUAUUGCAGAAAUAAAUAUGGAAUGAGAAACCAAAUGUGUUCACAUGAAUUUCCUUUCAUAAAUAAAGUGCUGGAUAGGAGGCGAGCUAAAAUCUGAUGCCUGUAUUCUGUGAUAUCUUAUGAUUUUGCCAACUUUAUUUUUAUUAUUCAAAAUAAAAAAAUUAUAAAAAAAUAUUU